UUCUGUCAAGACUUUACAAUGUCUACAACACUUGGGAAUUGUGAGGAAUGUGGCUGUGCGUGCCGUCACUGCGGGGAUUCUGCGAAUCUCCAUCUCCAUGUGGAGAUUGAAAACUUGAAACAACGGCUCUUAGAGCGAGAACAUCAUAUCGUCAAGAUGGAGACAAACUUUCUGAAGGAGGCUGAUAAGUUUCCAAAUGGAGAAAUGGCGGCCCUCACCGAUGAACUACUCACUUGGCAGGACAAAUACUCGAGGUUGUAUGAGGCACACAAGCGAGUGCAAAAGGUGAAUCAAAAUCUGGAGGACAAGCUGCUUCGUAUAGUGGACAAGUGUGAAACAGAGAAGAACAGUCUGACAGGCGAGGUGGCGUCCCUCACCAGGCGACUUGUGGAUGAGAAGUUCAACAUUUCCAGGCUACAAGAGGAGAACGAGAGGUAUCGGAAUGACGUGAAUCUAGCGAUUCAACUGCUUCAAUGCAAGCCCUCUAACUUUGUCUCACAGAAGUAUGAUUCGCUUCCUCACGACAUGCAGCAGAAGGUAAGGAGCUACGUAAGUAGCAAGCGUCGGAUACCUGACGGUAACGGAAACAUUCAGAGCAAGACUGAGAUGAAGACCAUCAAAGUGCCCAUCCCCACCUUUCCUCCUACUGCCAUGGUCUACUCUGUGAACAAGAGUCCGUCAGGCUUGGAGAAAGAGCAACCGGAUGAGAAGCACUGCAAGCAAGGUACCCUGGAUAUUGUUUUCCGCUGCUAUCAUGGCUAA